UCGGCUGAUUGUUUCUAUAAAGCUACUUAUUGUCGCACUCUUAUGCAAGCUCGAGAAAUUAGUCUAGUACUUGAUCUCUUUGUUUAGUUAUGUAUUCAAAAGAAAAAAUGGCUACUCCGUAUUUGGUUUUUGCCCUAUUCACUACAAUAUUGAAUGUCCAGAUGGUCAUGUGUGCUCCUGCUGCUUCCUGCGGACCAAUUAUAGCUGAUGAUCGGGAUCGCAUUCAAGUAGCUCUCAACUUGGAGUUCUUAGAAGCCGAGUUUUUCUUGAACAGUGCACUCGGUAAGGGGCUUGACAGUAUAGCUCCAAUGUUGACAGCCGGUGGUCCUCGUCCGGUUGGUGCUAAAAAAGCCAAUCUUGACGCUCUUACGAAUCGGAUCAUCGAAGAAUUUGGUUAUGAGGAAGUUGGUCAUCUCCGGGCUAUUAUAACAAGAAUUGGUGGGUUCCCAAGGCCUCUAUUGAAUCUGAGCACUGAGAAUUUUGCUAAUAUGUUUGACGCAGCAGUUGGUUACAAAUUGGAUCCUCCAUUCGAUCCUUACUUGAACACCGUCAACUAUCUUUUAGCAUGCUACCUUAUCCCUUAUGUGGGACUUGUCGGUUAUGUUGGCACUAUUCCAAACCUUGUCACCUACACUUCUCGUGAAUUAGUUGCAGGGCUCUUGGGAGUGGAGUCUGGCCAAGAUGCAGUGAUAAGAGCAUUGUUAUACGAGAAAGCAAAUGAGAUGGUGCUACCAUAUAACAUAACAGUGGCAAAGUUCAGUGGCUAUAUUUCCCAGCUUUGGAACCGGCUGGCCAUGUGUGGCAUCAAAGAUGAAGGGCUAAUAGUGCCACUACAACUUGGAGCCGAGAACAAGACAGAAACUAACGUCUUAUCCGCGGAUGCAAAUUCUCUUUCUUAUGCACGAACACCACAGGAGGUUUUAAGGAUAGUAUAUGGAACUUGCAGUGAAUACAAUCCCGGUGGAUUCUUCCCUAAUGGUGGCAAUGGAAGGAUUGCAAAAGGAUUUCUUGCCAAAGCUUAAUUACGAGCUUUUACAUGUUUGAUGCUUCUGUGAUCCAGAAAAUUUAGUAUAAAUUGAAGCUCAGGCCAAUUUGGACUACUUUUAAUCACUGUAAACAGCACUCAGCUAUAUAUAUAUAUGACCGAGAGAAGCUAUAAAUAAAUUUAUCUUAAUAGCUUAUAUA